AUGGUAAAACUAUCAGACCUCCCAAUAUCAGAAAGGAAGCUUCUCAAAAGUACUAAAACAGCUCGAAUAUAUAAUGUUCAAGACAAAUAUGCUGUGAAAUCGCUGGCUACUGAUUAUGUUGUUCCCCCUCAUAAUCCUCGAUAUGAAUUAGCAAUCAUGAAGAAAAUCUUACGAUUAGGAGAUUUCCGCAACGCUCAUCUAAUUGAAUUAUUGGAUCACAGUAAAAGACAAGAUGAAUUGGAAUUAUUGUUGCUUUUUUAUCCUUCUACUUUGGAUGAAUUCAUGAUAAAGAACUACAAACCAAGUUAUGGUAAUGACCUGAAACCAACCAGAAGGAAAUUCAACCCAUAUUACUCACUCACUAAAUCUCCUAUGGAAGAGCAAGAGAUUGAGCCAUAUAAUAUGGUAUACGAGAACUAUUUUGAUAUUAAUCAAUACAGUUACGGUUUCUUCCUCCAGUUAGUGGAAGGUUUAACAUAUUUACAUUCUCAUGGUAUAAUCCAUCGAGAUAUCAAACCGCAAAACAUACUGUUGGAAAUGAAUGGUGAAGACAAUAUUCAGUUGAUAAUUACCGAUUUUGGGAUCUCCUAUGAUGAAACGGAUUCCAAGCAGGUAGUUACUGAACGUCCUGAUGAUAAAAUUACGGAUGUAUCCACUUCAUUUUAUAAAGCGCCUGAAUUGUUAUUUGGUGUCAAGAACUAUAGGUUUGAAGUAGAUAUUUGGGCAUUACUUGUCCUCGUAUCGCAAUGGUUUCAAGUGUCUACCAAUAUAGAGAAUUUUGCACCGGCAAUGUUUGAUGACGGCUCAAAUGUUUUGGAAAGUGGGAGUGAUAUUAGAUUAAUUAUGUCAAUUUUUGAAAAAUUAGGUAUCCCUAGUAUUGAAAAAUGGGAAGAUGUAUCCAGAUACGGCUCUAGAGAUGCGUUUACAGGAAUGUUUGGUGAAGAAGGUGACGGUAACUAUAUACUAGAUCAAAGUGAAGAUAUUCAAAGGAGUAUUGUUCUAGAAAAAUUGAUGCCAAGGUUAAAACAGUUAAUUGAUAGAGAUCAAAGAGAAAAAUUUGUAACUUGUAUCAUGAACAUUGUAUCUUUUGCUUCCGAAAAGAGGUGGAGUUCUCAAAGGAUCUUAGCAGAAUUGAGGAGUUAG